AUGUUAACUAUCGAUAUAAACUGCGAUUGCGGUGACAAACAAAAUGGCUGUAUGUUUGCCGGCGAGCUUUUCGGCUUAUGUAUGGAAGGUUUAUGUACCGAUAAAUUUUUUGGACUGUCCCCUACUAUUAAAACUAUACCACAAGAGGGUAGUGGUGGUGAACAGGGACAGGAAGGUGCUGGUGGUGGUGAACAGGGACAGGGAGGUGCUGGUGGUGGUGAGGAACAGGGAGGUGCUGGUGGUGGUGAGGAACAGGGAGGUGCUGGUGGAGGUGAACAACAGGGAGGUGCUGGUGGUGGUGAACAAGCAGGUGCUGGUGGUGAACAAGGAGGUGCUGGUGAUGGACAGGGAGGCGCUGGUGAGCCGGGAGGUAUGGGUGAACAAGGAGGUAAAUGA